AUGGCUGCUGCAGGAGUACUAAGGGCUUCCAGUAGAUCUUUAUCAAGUAAUCUAAUGCAAAUAAGGGUCUCUGCUGAGAAACAGAUUGAAAUUGUAGCAAGAGAUAUAAUUUCUAAAUCCCGGGGUCUUACUAUUUCAAUUAAUGAACCUGGAAACGGUCAUAUUCUACACUGUAUAUCAUUAGCUUUGGCUCGAGGAGGUUCUGUUUCUCCCCAGCCCGCUUUGCUUAUGUGUCUUGCUUCAGCAUUAUUGACUGAAAUCUUUCCCUUGCAACGUUUCUAUUCAAGCAUACUUGAAUGUUUUCAUGGAAAUCCGGCAGGACGGGGGCUUAAGGAGGUUAAAGAACACAUGGACAGUGCAAUUUUUAAGGAAGCAGGAGCUGUAACUCGUGUUUUUUGCGCACAGUAUGUCUCAGCCGAUGAAGGGAGCAAGAGUACAGUGGAGAAUCUUAUCUGGGAUUACUGUCAAGAUGUCUACUUGUGCCAUCGGCAGGUAGCUUUGAUGCUUCGAGGCGUGGAGGAUGAGUUACUUCUGGAUUUAGAGAAAAUUGCUGGAUCUGCCUUCCUUAUGGUG